AUGUUGAUUUUGGUAGAUUUUAAAAAAAUGUCUGAAACGAAGAAGAUUUCGGACAUGGAUGACACAAAGCAGCAAAAAAGGCGUCAACGGAAGAGAUAUCCAAAGUGA